UACACCACCAAUACCAUUGGUAACAACGUAAAUGUAUAUACUGAUCAUUUUAAAAAUUCUAGCACAUUUAAAACGCAAUAGAAAAUGAUUCGAAAGUGCCCUGUGAUUGUGUUCGUGUUUAUUUUUCUUUUAGUAUUUUUUUCUAGUGCACUAGAACUUCCAUCGUCGAUUCUCCAGGUGUCAGAUGGGAAUGUGAUAAACAUUUCUUUAACCACAUACAAUAAAUCAGAUGAGGAGAAUCAGGCAUUUACGCAAUUGGUACAUAUAGAUAAAAGUGCCAACUUUAACAUUGAAGUUAACGACAUACCUCCUGAAGUGGAUUUUAUUAUAGCACAAAUUCAUUCUUAUAUGUACCAUAUUUCUAUAUCUUCUUCUAAGAAAGCAAUAAAUGAAGACCCAAGUCAUUUUGUGACUGGUACAAACAUUGGUAUUUUUGUGGAAUUGAAUAAGACUAAAACGGCCUCAGUUUAUGUCAUAAAUGAAAAUAAUGUUCAAGUUCAAGGUCUUGUAGCUAUAAUAGCAUAUAGUAAUUAUGCUCCUUAUCCGGGUGGAUGCAACAUGGAAUUCGAUGUCAAGGUCUCACCUUUUCAAAAACUGGCGUAUGAUGAUGCAACGAUAACUGUCGAUGCACAGCCAGCUUCUAUGCCCAAAAUUGACUCCUACCAGCCACUUUGUGAAAGAUAUCCAUUGGACCACGAUGCCUAUCGCAUGUACAUGCCUGAACAAGACCCGAGCAACGAGACUUAUUUCAUGGCAAUCGCAAACAUGCUAACAGUGCGAGACAUCGAAAAUAAUGCCGAUUUCGAGAAACCGAUAAGAUCAGAGACUUUCGUUUCAGGUACAAUCAUAGCAGCCAUAGGUUUUGGGGUAUUCGCGGGCCUAAUUUGGCUGCUACUGUGGCUGACCUUCACCAGUCCGAUGCCAUCUCUAAUCCUCUCAAGUCUGACACUCGGCUCUUUCUUCUUCUGCCUCUUCUACUUCACAAUUCCAGCUGGAUUUCUGUACCUCGAGGUCGACGCCUACUUUUGGAUGCUGUACGCGUCCUUCGUGACAACCACGUUCAUGGCAAUUAGCCUGAUACCACUUUUCGGCAACAUAUUUUGCUUCACACUCGUCGGUUCUUACGCAACGAUUUUUGCUAUCGACCACUUCAGCGGAUCUAACCUUAAAUAUUUGGUUAUAAACGGCUUGAGGCGCGCCACCAUACCAAACUUUGGGCUCGCCGUCGUUGAGCCUCCCUACCAAGGCAGAGACGUGCUGCUUACCUUUCUAUGGGCAUUCCUCGUGAUCAUUGGACUGUACAAACAGUGCGUGGCCAGCUGGAAUCGAGCACCUUUUCCACCGUCACCGGCAUAUGUCAGCCCCGGGAACGAACGAACGCCGCUCUUGCCAGAACAAAGAUACCAGAUCUGACGUCAUUUCGAUAACGAUGGCUCGCACCAUUGAUACUAUUAUUUUUGAGGAGGUUACGUCAAUUGUGGUAUAUACUUACUUUCCAUGUACCAAUGUUUUGUAUAGAUAUACGACGAUUUUUGAAUCGUGACUCUCCGAUGAUGCACAUAUGUAACCAAGUCGAGGUAUAUUCUUUGUUGUACAGGUUAAAUUUGAGGUUAUGCACGUGUUAUCACCGUGUAAUUUCGUAAGUGAGAGAAUGUUUUUAUGAGCUUUUGAUAUGUUUGUAUUUUUUUUGAAAGUCUGAUUAAUGCAUAUAGAUUUUUAUCAAAAAAAAUUUUUUAUAAAGAGACACAUUACAUGAAAAAAAAAAUUUGGAGAAAAGUUAUGGGAGUAAAGGAAUCUAGACUAGUUUACGUGAGAAAA